CUUCUUUGUGAGACGGACUCAGCGAUAUGGACCGAUUUAUUGGCGGGCUCUCAUUAUUGGGGUCUGGAAGUUUUUACUUGUUACAUUAAUGGUCGGUCACUUGAUUGGCCACUUUUUCCUUCCCCUUUAUCAUGAUAUUGGUUUCGGUAAAUUUGGUGUGAUUGUGGAAAUCCCACCCCCUUAUUGUCUUCUCUUUCAAUUGAUACAUGUCUACACGAUGAUCUCAUUACUCUUGACUAAAAACUGCCAUUAUGCUAUUCUUGUUGCUAUUGAAGAAGGGGAUCAGUUUGGACAACAGGACGACAAAGAAAUCUACGUUAAAGCGAAACUCGACUUCCCUUAUUCCGACGAUAUCAUUCCCAUUAAUAGUACUCUUUGCACACCUUUUACGCCUCUGUCUACAGCAAAUCCUCAGUUCAAAUCGACUCUUGUUUACUACAUUUCUAAUCAAUAUCUAAAAAGAUUACGCAAGAAACAAUCAUUAGUAACUUUGGAAGUAUUUCGCUUAUCAAUGGACAGCACUGAAGAACUAUUGGGUGUCAUAGAAUUGAAAGUAACAGAAGCGAAGGAAGUUAUUAUGAAAAAGGGAGAACGUCGUAUGGCUCAAAUUGAGCGGUUUGUAGGUGAUAAAGGUGAAUGGCGGUCGUUCGGAAACAAGACAAAGUCAAAAGCACGAUUGAAAUGUGGACUAUUCUUGGUAGAAAUGCCCCAUAGUUCAGCAAUGGCAGCAGUAGCGGCUUCGUCAGCAGAAGAAUUAUCUCAGCAACAAGUGCUUGAUGUGAAUAGAUCAGUUUCAUCGCUAUCAUCUGUGCAGCGGGCAGUUGAGGCAACAAAUAUCCGGCCCCGUACCAGUAGCGGCGCUUGGUCACCAACGUCAUCUCUGCAUUAUUAUCAACCUCAGCAGUAUAGAUCCACGGAAAGUAGGGCUGGUAGCGAGCUUGGUUUUGAAUUAAGAUCACAAUUAAGCGACACCCUGAGAGCUUCUGACGACAGCUCAACAAAUAGUAGUGUAAGAGAUUUAAUAAGCCCUGCAACAUCCAAUCAACACAAUGUGAGAUUAAAUGAAGACGAGGAAGAGGAUGAAGAUUAUGAUAAGAUUGCAGACAUUGAGGGUAUCAGUACUUUGAAUGAGGACGUUGGAACAACAAUAGGUGGCAACAAGUAUUUGGCAUUGGGAACAGGAGAGGAUCAAUUCAUUUUACAGCUGCAUAUUGUGAGUGCUACUCACAUUGCCAAUAUUGUCGAUAAAUUUGUUCCAAGCUUAGAUAUGAUUGAAAAAGCUUACUUUUCUUUUACUUUUGGUGAUGAUUAUUAUAAAUGCCUUGUCGAUUACUCUCCAGAAAAUACUAACAACCACAGAAGUGACACGUGGGUGGCGUUGGAUAACAUGACCUGUGUUUUCCUUCAAGGUGAAAUUGAUGAAGUCCAAGAUUGGUUGUCCGAGUCACCUUUGAAACUGCAGCUUGUAGUAAAAUUAAUCAAUCAGGAUGAAGAAGUCAAUGUUGCCUUUGCCGAGCUGUAUUUGGAAGAUGUGGGCUUCGAGAUGAUACGGAAAACCGGUAUUUUAUAUGACAAAGAAGGAAACUGGUAUCCGAAUGAUAAAAUGGAAUUUGCCAAGUUGGAACUGGAAUUUGGUUUAACAGAAGGUUGGGACGAUAACAUGAGCCCAAUAUAAUCCAAACACACGCUGCACACCUUUAUGUAGCGCGUUCAAAUGCAUAUUUCAAAAUACUGUAUAUUUUUAGUUUUGUAUGUAUUUUCAGAACUUUAAAUCAAUGCAUAUUCCACUUACUUAGUAUACCUAUUAUUUAUUUUACAUAAUAAAGAGUUCUUUCAUGUUGC